UCGAUCAUGUCAUAUAAUGGAGCCGCCAUCAUUGCGAUGGUAGGUAAAGACUGUGUGGCCAUCGCGUCAGACACACGCUUGGGUGUACAGGCACAGACCAUUGCGUGUGACUUUCAGAAGAUCUUCCCCAUGGAACAGAAGCUCAUGAUUGGAUUGGCUGGACUUGCUUCCGAUGUUCAGACUGUGUAA